AUGGGCAUCUGGACGCAAAUGUGCCCGCCCAAGCCUGCCUUUACGGAGCAAAACCUUGGUAAUCUCACCGGCAAGGUCUAUAUCGUUACCGGCUCCAACACCGGCGUCGGGAAAGAGCUCGCGCAGAUUCUCUACUCUAAAAACGCCACCGUCUACGUCGCAGCCCGUAGCCAGGCAAAAGCCACAGAGGCCAUCGAGGACAUUCGCAAGGCCUUCCCCACGUCCACCGGCCGCCUCGUGUUCCACCCUCUAGAUCUGGCUGACCUAGAAGCCGUCGCCAAGUCAGCCAGGGACUUCAUCGCGAGGGAGACGAGGCUCGAUGUCCUGUUCAACAAUGCCGGCGUCAUGCAUCCGCCCCAAGGGUCAACAACGAAGCAGGGCCACGAGCUUCAGCUGGGCGUGAACAAUCUGGGCCACGUCCUGUUCACGGAGCUCCUGACGCCGUUGCUCGCCCAGACUGCGGCAAAGAGCGCGCCCAACUCGGUGCGCGUCGUCUGGGUGAGCUCUCUGUAUUCGGAACUGGGAUCGCCCAAGGGAGGAAUCGAUCCGGAUAACCUGGGCUUCACAAAAAAAGACAAGAGCACCUACCACAAGUACUCUGUGAGCAAGGCGGGCGUCUAUUACCAGGGCGCAGAGUACGCGAAAAAGUACAAGGACCAGGGAAUCAUCAGUCUGACUGUGAACCCAGGAAACCUCAGGUCUGACCUCCAGCGAUACGGCGGGGAUGGAAUCAUUCAGCAGCUUAACAAAAAGCUCCUCCUGUUCCCCCCAAUCAACGGAGCAUACUCUGAGCUCUUUUGCGGCCUGUCUCCGGAAGUGACGGCAGACAAGUCAGGAAGCUAUGUGAUACCUUGGGGACGAUUUGCCAGCAUCCGAGAAGAUAUUGAAAAGGGAACCAAGAGCCCGGAGGAAGGGGGAAGCGGCCUGGGAAAGAUAUGGUACGACUGGUGCAUGGAGCAGGUUGCCCCGUUCAUGUAA